UGCCCGAACCCCGUUGGCGUUUGCUGGGCCAAUGGGAGUCUGCUUGCGUCGUAGAGAGUGGACAAUGAAGUCAUUGUCGCUCUGCGUGCUCUUCCUAGUCACCGUGACCCGGAGCGCCGCGGAUGCGGAGCCCGCAGCUCGGCCGGAGCCGCACGUGCGCCGGCCGCGCAGCGAGUCUGCGUCGCCGUCCGCGCCUCCCUCUCCGCCGCCGGGCGGGCGGCCGCGCUCGCCUGGUACGCGCGGCGCGGCCCUCAACGCGAUGCAGGCGCGGCUGCAGCGCUGGGCGACGUCGCGGCAGGCGCGGCACCUCGCCAAUGUCGCAAACAGCGCGCUGCUGCUGCUCACCUUUCCGGCGUCGCUGCGGGGCGGCCUGCUCUCUGGCCUCGCGCUGCACCGGCUGCUGACCUCGGCGUGGGUGUCUGGCUUCGGCGGGAUGCUGCUCAUGCGGGAGCUCUCCAUCCCUCCCGUGCGGCGCUGGCUCAACCAGCACUUCCACUUCCUCUCGACCACCUCCGGCUCCACCGCCUUCCUCAUGUGCGCCGCGACGAUGGCCCUCGCCAGCGGGCCGGUCGGCGUCGUCGCAGGCGCCGCCACGCUCGCAAACGCCUGGUAUGGCGCGUACCUCCGCCGGCUCCGGCGGCGGCGGCGGCCGGCCGUCGUCGUGAGCACGCACAACCUGCCUGCGCCGUCCGCGCCGGCGCCCAGCGCCGAGGCGUGCGGCGACGACGAGCUUGCCGAGCAGGCCGACGAGCGGGACGGCGCCGAGGGGGCGGAGGCGGAGAGGGCGGCGGAGGCGGCGAGGGCGGAGAGGGAGGAGGCGGAGAGGGCGGCGGCGGAGCGAGAGGCGGCGGAGCGGGCGGAGGCGGAGGCGGCGGCGGCGGCGGCGGCGGCGGAGGCGGCGGAAGCUGCCGCGACGCGCGAGGCGGCGAGGGAGGCGGCGAGAGAGGCGGACGCGAGGCGGACUGCUGCGCGGGCCGCCGCCGAGGAGGCGGAGCGAGCGGCGCACGAGGCCGAGGAGGCGCUUCGGACUCAGCAGGCGAGCGCGGCGCGCGAAGCAGCGGAGGAGCCGCCCGCCGCCACAGCGGAGGAGGAGGUGGCGGCGGCGGCACGGGAGGCGGCCGCUGCGGCGGCGCAGGCCGCAGCCGCGGCCGCGGCGGCGCAGGAGGCGGCGGGCGGCCCUCGGGCAUGA